AUGUUAGUUGGUGAUCGUAGGUCGGGAAAGAUAGUGCAUGUCAGUGGUAGUGAAAAUCACAAGUUGUCCAGAGAAGAAAUAGUAACAUCUACAAAGCAAAUAAAGGACCCACAACAAAGAAUGAUGAAAUGGCACACGAUGACAACAGUGACAAACAAUGAUGGUGUAGCAAGGGCAACCACUACAAGAAAAAACAGUUCUAGUGACCGAAAAAUUCGGUCGCAAAUGUCAAAAAAUCGUGGUCCAUAA